AUUUCACUUUAAAAAUAAAGAAAUCGAAUUUUUAGUUUAUAAAAUUAAUGAUUCAAAUCAAUAAUAAAAGAAACUUGAAUUAUUCUCAAUUAAUUCACAAUUUAUUUGAAAUCGAAAAUAAUAAAAAAUAACUUUAAUGAUGAUGGACAAAUAAUUAAGUUAAUAUAAUUGAAUCAGGGCAAUGACAUAAAAAAGCAAAAAUAAAACAAAGUAAGGAAAAUCAAUUUUUCAAUUCGUUGUAAAAAAAUCAACAAAAGUUAUUUUAAAAUAAAUAUUUUCGUAACAAUAAUGUUUCAUAAAACUCACAACAAAAUUAUGACAAAAAAUUGUGUUAAAAGCUAAGAAAAAAAUAAAUGGUUAAUUUUGUCUACAAUAAUUUACUUGAAAUAAAUGACGGACAAGGAGAUUGAAACAGAAAAGGCAGCCGUAGUACUAAUGUCAUCAUCGACAGUAAUUUCGCCAACUACCCCAACUCCGUCUGGUAGAUCAAGCAGACCACCAACAAUACCAACCCCUGCACCCAGACAUUCUUUAACAUCUAAAACUCUAAACUCACCAUCAAUUGAGAAUUUUCAAAAUAUACAAGAGGGUCUUAAUGUAAGGUCUAGAAAAAACUCGGUUGAAGAUUGUGGAAACGGAUCAGGGAUUACGAAAGAAACUGCACUUUUGGAAGCUACUCUAAAAUGUGAUCCUCAGUUUUCGAGAUUUGCAGACUAUUUUGUUAUAUGUGGUCUUGAUUUAGAUGAAGGCCUUGAGCCUGAUCGCUUUGCUGGAGACAGUCUGCAUUGUUCACCACUUGAGAGAGCUUACAAGAGUAAGCCGCUCUGCCACUACCCAGAAAAUGUCCCAUGGAAUCCUUUUGACGCUGCUGGAAUUUGUAUGCUUUCUUUACCACAAGGAUUACGAUUUCGAACACAAAAGCACAACAUAGAAGCAAAUUUCCAUUCCUUUGCAACUACUCGAGAGGAUGGAAAACGUUGCCAUGGAUUUAGUUUAAUUUUUUAUGAAGAAGUUAGAAAUCGCAACAUUUGUAGUGCAAUGCAAACACUCCAAGCAAUGUUCAUAACAGAAUUAUCAAAUAGUCAAGCCACAUCUACAUUAAGGAGAGUCAAGGAAGGUCCUGUGAGUCGAUCUUUACCUAGACAUUUUAAAAUGGCUGCUGCUCCAACAUCAGCUUUAAGCUAUUAUGAUGUUACAAAAGACAAGCUUUACGUGGCCAAAUCUAUUUCACUUGUGUGUCAAGUACCAUAUGCAUGGGCAGCUGAAAUAUUUUUAACAAAUUUGUAUAAAUGUCUUCCGCGAUCUCCAGGGCCUGGUCUGAGUUUAGAAAGUUAUGUAUAUAAUAUUUUAUAUGAAGUAAUGCUACCUCAGCCUGGUAAAUCAAUUCGAAUUUAUUUACCACCAGAAGAGCCUCAAUUGCCACCGAUACCAAUGAUAUUACAAAGACCUGAUAAGGAUGAAUUACCUUUACUUGAUUUUCCUAUUCGGCUAUUGUUCUCAUAUUUAGGAGUAGAAUGCGUGAUACAAUUAUUUACCUGUGUUUUAUUAGAAAAUCAAGUUUUAUUACGAUCUAAUGAUUAUCAAAAGUUAAUGAUUAUAGGAGAGUGCAUUACGUCUCUUUUACAUCCAUUUGUUUGGCCGCACGUUUAUGCACCAAUUCUUCCAGCAGCAUUACAUCAUUUUCUUGAUGCUCCUGUACCAUUCUUAAUGGGUUUACAUGCGGACUGUGAAAUAAAUGCCAAAAUUGGCUCAGAAGCUACCCUUUGCUAUGUUGACAUUGACAGAAAAACGAUUCAAUUACCUGAAGAACUUCCAAUUUUUCCACAUAAACUAGACUUCAUGUCAGAGAUAAUUACAAUUUUAGAUAAAUAUCAAAUUCAAAGGGAUAAGUCAUUAGAGCCACGAAAUCAAAGAAACUAUUUUCAUCAGCCAGUUAAAACUGUUAGUUUAAUAAAUGGGGCAUGCGAUUAUGACCCUAUGACAUCCAGUUGCACACUUCCAUCGGGAAUGCAAGUGAGGGGAAGAAAAUCUUCAAUGCACGAUUCAUUUUAUGCCUCCGACCAUUCAAGAGAUCAUUCCGCUGAAACCGCUCCCUUAAUUUCGGGCUCUACAAAACCUGAACCUAUGCCUCGCAUGAUGGACAUUAUGAAAAGAAGUGCUAAAAAAUUAGACGAUUUCAUUAUUUAUGAUGAUUCAAUGCCGAAAAGUAGAAAUACUAAAGAAAAGCCACUUACUUUACAAGAUCAGUACGUGGAAGAUCAAAGAUUAAACAAUUCAAUCAGGGAAUUGUUUUUAAAUCGUUUUGUUCAUAUGUUUGCCGCCUAUGAUCAAUUUGUCAUAUUUCCAAAUCAAGGGAAAGAAGAAUGGUUAAGCAAUCGGGAAUCUUUACAAAAUUUUGAUAAAGCGUCAUUCUUGUCUGAUCAACCAGAACACCAUAGACCAUUUUUGUGUAGAUUUCUGGAGAGUCAAAUGUUUGCUACAUUAAUAGACAACAAAAUUAUGGCUGUUUGGGAGAAAGAAAUUGACACAAAUUUGAAAUUAUUCGAUGCUCGAAUAAAAAUUUUGAGAAAACGUCAUGGGGGGGAGAGCAUGCUAAGAGCAAAUAGUUACGAGCCUUGUGUUUUAAAUCAAGAAGCCCAACGAAUGUUAGAAAAACGAUUAAUCACUAUUGAUUUAGAAGUAACGCCACCUAGCGAAAUUUUACCGAAUCGACCAGCAUACUUUCGAGGGUUUCCACUAUUGGAAAAAUCUGUUCUAAAUCAAGAGUGCGCGUCGAGGGGUAAUAGUUUAAGGCGUGUAAAAAAUGGUUCAACAAAGUGGCGAACAAAAGAAAUUAAUUUGGAGGGUAAACCACCACCCGUUCCUGCAACAAAUCGAAACUCAGCUCAUUUAACAACUUCUGAUAUGAGUCCAGCGUUAAUAGCACAAGCAAAUUGGACAUUUGUCGAAAAAUUAUUAAAGGAUGUAAAAACCAAAACUAAACGAAUGUUACUCGAAAAAAUGGGCAAUGAAGCAUUCUUGUUAGGUCUUUCAGGUGAAAAUGUUAAUGGAAUAGAAGAAAACACUUUAAUUGCAUCACUCUGUGACUUAUUAGAAAAAAUUUGGUCACAUGGUUUACAAAAUAAACAAGGAAAAUCUGCUUUAUGGUCUCAUUUACAAGCAUAUAUGGAAUUACAUGAACCAAGAAAUUCUGAUAAAAUUGAUUCAAACUUUUUAGCACCAGCUGUGGCCUGGAGUGUAAUGCGGAAAAGAAUGGAUUACCGUUCUACUUUCAAAAUUGAACCAGAAUCUCCAGCAAGUCCAACACGUGGUCGAUUGCGUGACCGUAUAGGUAGUAUUGUUUCCUUGGAACAACUUCGUCCUCUUCCAGAAUCUAUAGAAUUUGAUUUUAGAAAUGUUUUGGCCAUGACUGAUAUUAGAACUCCAAUUGGAUACACUAGAGCUUGGAUAAGAUUAUCUUUAGAAAAGAAGUUAUUGUCAAGACAUUUUCGUACACUAUUAUCAGACCAGGGCUUAUUAAGACUACUUUAUAAACGAUCAGCAUUUUUGCGAUGCGAAGAAGAGAAAGAACAAUUUCUUUAUCAUAUUUUAACUCUCAAUACCGUAGAUUAUUACUGUUUUACAAAUAUUUACCCUACAACAAAAUUACCUUACCGUAUUAUUAUAUUUCCAUCAAAAAAACACGGUAACGCUCAAACUUCAAGUAAUGUUUGGAUAGCUAUUUCGGGAGCUUUAUGUGAAACAAAACAAAUACCAGUGCCAAAAGGAACUCUUGAAUUUGUUUUCCAUCAUAAAAAUUUAGGACUUCUUACAACAAUGAGAAUCGGACAUGACAAUUAUGGUCCUAUUAAUAAAUGGAUGGUGGAGCAUGUUGUAGUUAGAAACGAAGUUACUGAGCAUACUUAUAAGUUUCCAUGUGGUCGUUGGCUUGGUAAAGGCAUUGAUGACGGUUCUUCUGAACGUCUUCUGGUUGGACAACGUGUGCCAAAAACUGUGGAUACUGAAGAAUUAGUUCAGGUUUGUCAGACACCGCCAAGAGCCAGAAGUCCAAGCAUACAAAGGACUGAAUUAAGGCCAUCAGAAAUACAAAAUAUGAUUGGUGAUUGUGUGAAUACAAUUGUAAAAUGGCACUAUAAGCCAAGUAAAGAUCGUGAUGUUGGAUCCCUCACUAAUUUACUAUGUGGAGAAGAUGGUUUAGUAAAAUGUUUGGAGCAUGUGUUUCUUUGUGGUUUUCGUUCAACCAGAUUUUUCGGAAAAAAUUUAUUUCUAUGGGAUUAUUUUGCUAAAGUAAAGGAACAAUUUGAGAUAAAUUUAAAUUUUGAAAAUUUCGACUCACAAAAUCAACGUAGUGGAAAUGAAUCUCCUUCAAUAUUUACCUCAUUUACAAGUGUUUCAAAUGAUUCGCCAUAUCUUCCAAAUAUGACGUCGGCACAACGUCAUGAAUGGAUAUCUGUUUGGAGAUGCUUUGUUUAUUUGAUAGAUGAAAUAAAUUCUGUAACUAAUUCCUUAGGAAAAGAUGGAAAAUUUCAAUUAUUUAUGUGCUUAUGUUUAAGAGAACACAUUUUACACCGAAUGUUAUCACCUAUGGCUGCCACUAAAGUAACACAAGAAUUAUAUGAGGAACAAAGUUUUUUAAGACGUCGCGGACUUUUAACAUUUUUAAUACAAAUACUUGAACCUUUAGAUGAAUUCCAUAUAGUUUUAGAAAAUUCUAUAACGCAAGGAAUACCAUCGCAAUGUUAAAUCAAUAUUAUUAUACAUUUAUUAUUCAUAUAUGAUGUGUGUUGUAAUUAAAUUUCACCAAGAAAAUAUUAAUAUGCAUCUAAUUGACUAUAUUAAUUUCAUAUUAAUUUAAAGUUAAAAUAUACAUGUACCAUUCGUUUCAAAAUUGAGUGCAAUAAUGUAGAACAAUGAUAAAAUUUUUAUUUUAAAAUACAUACAUAAUUUAUUAAGGACAUUCUGAAAGUAUAUUAUAUGUAUACUAUUUAGGUACUAUGUAUUGUAUAUUAUAAUCUUUGAAUAAGCACACAUUGUAAGAAUAUAAUGUAAGAUUUUUGCCCAAAUUUAAAUAUAUUUUUUGUGAUAUUAUUACACAAAACUUGAAAGUAUAAGUAUCUGGAAGAUUAUAAUAACAAAUCUUCAACAAUUUGAUUAAAAUCAAUUAAUGUAAGAAAUUAUAAAACAAGAAGCCAAAAAGAGAAUAAUUUAUUUUUGAAUUUAAAAAUCAUAAAUUAAAAAUAAUAAACUUAUAUGUAUGAAUUGAUUGUAAAAGAGAAUGUAUAGGAUAUUUAAAGCAAUGUUAAAUUUAAAAGAAAUGAUAAUAUAUUUUAUAUAUAUAUAGAUAAUUUUUAAAAUUUGAAAAUACUCUGCUAUUAUAAGUUAUUAAUACCAAAAAAAAAAAAACAUAAAUUUAGUCAUCCAAAUGAUAUUAAAACUGGCAAUUAAUAUUAAUUUAUAAUAUUAAAUACCUAGAGUGAUUUAAAGCUUAAAUUCAAAAUAAUUUUCUAAGUAAAAUUCCAAAGAUGGUAAAAGAUUCGUUAUGAAAAAAAAAAUAAAAAUUCUAAAUUGAAAACUUUAUCUAUAUUCAAUACUUAAUUUUUAAUUCUUUUAACAUCAAAUAAUUAUGUAAUUAUUGAAAUUAAGUUAAGAAUUAUUAAAAAAAAAAAUCGUAAUGUUAAAAUAAUUAUAGCACAACAUACAUAUAUGUAUUUACAAAUUCAUCACUAUUGUAAAACCGUGUAAUUAUAAAGUAACAAAUUAUUAUGUAAUUGCGACUCUUUUAACGAUUUAUUUUAUUAAUAAUAGCCAAUAACCAUGUUUAAAUGCAAUUCAAUUCCGAUUUUAAAUUUUUUUUAAUUACAUUAUUUCUUUAGAAAAACAUGUUGACGAAGUUCUUUGAUAUUAUAUUUGCAACUGACCUUAUAUAAUUAACAUUCUUGCCGAAUUUUAGUGAUCAUUUUAUUUUAUUUUUAAAGUUGUUGCAUUGUACCUUUUAUUCUUUAUUUUAAUUUUACGAUAUUUGUAUGGGUAAAACUAUAAAAUAAUAAUUCUGAAACAAUUAGAUAAACUAAGUAAACUUGAAGGAUUUCUAGAUCUAAAAAGAUUCUCAUGUAUACAUGUAGUCAUAAUAUUGUAAGUAGAUUAUUUUAAAUUGUAAUUUUAAACUUGUUUAAUUUUUAAUUUUAAUUUCGAACAUUAAUUAAAAAAUUUAAAAUUCGAAGCUUGCCAUAUAGUUUUCCCCUUAGAUUUUUAAAAAAGAGUUUAAGGUAUUAAAUAAUAAUUU